GAGUUGGUAUUGCAAUGAAUAUAUCAGCACUGAUAUCCCAAUGGUACUACAUCACAAUUCUGGCCUGGACGCUUGUGUUUGUUGCCCACUCUUUUCGCGACCCCCUACCCUGGACACUGUGUGGUCAGUGGUGGAACUCGGAAAACUGCGUGCUUACCUCUGGAGGCGAACGACACACUAAAAUGCAAGAAGGAAAUGCUACUCUGAUGAUGAAUAAUACUCUGGUGGUGAACGGUAGUGACGUCGGUCAAAUUGACAACUUGACAAUGAGUUACAACUUUACUCUGGCCAACAUUAGCAGCCAAGCCAACAUGAGCGCGGCUAAGCCGGCUAGCGCGGAGUUUUGGCUGAACAAUGUACUAGAAAUAUCUCCAGGAUUUGGGCACAUGGACGGCCUAGUGUGGUCUAACUGCCUCGCUCUUGCCGUAGCUAUUAUAUGCGUUACCUUUGGUAUUAUAAGAGGAAUCAAGUCUGUUGGCAAAGUGGUGUAUGUGACAGCCACCCUACCAUACAUCCUUAUCACCGUUCUGCUGAUCAAGGGCGCCACACUGCCGGGGGCUCUCGACGGUAUACUUUUCUACGUCAGGCCGGAUUUUUCAAAACUAUUGGAGACCAGCACGUGGGUAGAGGCAAGUCUCCAGGUGUUCUACUCCCUGGGUCCAUGCUACGGCAUCCUCAUCACCAUGGCCAGCUACAACAAGUUCAACAACAACUGUUUGAAAGACUCCAUUCUGUUGACGCUGUUCUGUGAGGGCACCAGUGUGUACGCAGGCUUAGCCGUCUUCUCUGUUCUGGGACACAUGGCUCACACGCUGGACAUACCUGUAGAAAACGUUACCAAAGCAGGCCCUGGUCUAGCAUUUGUGGUCUACCCAGAAGCAAUUUCCUACCUCCCAGUGCCCCAACUAUGGGCUGUCUUGUUCUUUAUCAUGCUCUUCACGGUAGGACUGGACUCACAGUUUGUCUGCAUAGAGACUGUGCUGACGACUGCAGCAGAUUUGUGGCCACAUAUCUUGAGACGCAGAGAAGUGCUGUUUAAAUGUGCCUUCAUGCUGCUCAUGUAUCUUUUGUCCCUACCCUUCGUGUCCAGGCUCAAAUAAAGAGCUUGACUUCCCUGGCUUGAGAAAGCCACAACAAAAAACAAAUUCGAAAAGAAAGCUGUUGCUUUCAUCUCUUCCCCCAUUUUCUUAUCUACUUUUCCUGUACUCGUAAGUAGCACGUUUUCUUAUUUUUAACCUUGGCUAUGCUGAGAAUGCGGUGUAUAGACUGUACACUUGGCUUUUAGCUUUAUUGAAAAUAUUCACUGAUGAAUAUGACAGUGGCGACGAAAAGGAAUGGCUUGGUGGAAGAAAGAGAAAAACAAUAAUUAAGAGAAGGGGAAA